ACCUGAAAUCACAUUUGUGCAGUGAUCCUGAGAAGGAUAAGUUCUUAAAUUCCAGUCCCAAAACUGUUUUUGUAAUACAUUAAAAUUAACGUAUGCAAUAUUUUUACACACUAUUGCUAUUAUUUAUAAUAAUAACAAUAGUAAUGUGCAUAGUUGUGUUCCAUUAUAUAUACUGAACGAUUGUUGUGUUCUCUACGAUUUGUUUUAGAAUAAUAAUCAAUGGCGUCUUCAAACCGGAGUUAUUUAGAUGCGAAGAUUCCACUUCGUUGCGCUUUUGGAUAUUUCGGACAACGCCAAUAUAACGGCGGCAUCCCGUCCAUUUAGACGCUAUUCGACAGACGUCUGGCCGGCCUGAGUGCCAGGGCCAAGCAAACUAUUCUCCAGCGGUAGGAGAGGAAGGCGAAUGUGUCGUUUCUAAGCUGGGACUGUUGUAAGGAGCAGCAGCAGUACUACAGCAACGGUGGAUAGCAGAGAAGGUGCUGUGUUUCAUUUCGUCGAUGCUGGUGACUAGUAGCUCACGGAUACGAAACGAAGAGGAAGAUCUUACAAAGUGAAAUUUGUGUUCUCACUUUGUGGCGUUAGGUAGUGCUGCUGGUUAAAUAGGCGUGUUUCAUUAGGCAAUGAACAAGUUCCUGGCCUAUGCAGGCCCCAGCUACGUGCCUGUAUCAGGAAAUCCUCUUGCACCGUAGCCGUCUAACACCUUCUGCUGCACAUCCUAAAACGAUUUUGGUCAAACGAAAUGAGCUCAGCUUCAACGGAAUCUGUUCUAACAACGUUAGUGAACACAACGGCGAUUACCGUAUUGAGUAAUGACACAGCAACAACUACGACAACAACAACAACAAUAGCAACAAUCGGUGCUUUAGGUGGAGUCGGUGCGAUGGAGUCGACGUCCUCACCAGCGUACGACCAACAGCCGCCCACCUUCCUACAAACCACAGGAGCACAAGCGAUAUCGGGAGCAUUCGUCUGGGCUGCGUUAAUCAUCACAUGCCACCAGAUCUACCAGCACCUGCGCUUCUAUACGCUGCCAUCAGAACAACGAUGGAUCAUCAGAAUCCUGUUUUUUAUUCCUAUCUACGGUUUCGACUCGUGGCUCUCCCUUCUGUUCUUCAGAGAGAACUACUACAUUUAUUUUAACUCGGUACGCGACUGGUAUGAAGCGUUUGUGAUCUACAGUUUCCUGUCACUCUGCUACGAAUACCUAGGAGGGGAGGGCAAUAUCAUGUCGGAGAUCCGUGGUAAGGCCAUCCAGUCCUCCUUCUGGUAUGGGACCUGCUGCCUUCAGGGUCGAACGUACACGAUCGGUUUCCUCCGAUUCUGCAAACAGGCCACACUGCAGUUCUGCGCAAUCAAGCCGCUCAUGAGCCUUAUCAUUCUCAUACUGCAGCCAUUUGGAAAGUAUCGCGAUGGCGAUUGGAGAGCUGACACCGCCUAUCUUUAUAUCACCAUUAUCUACAACUUCUCGGUAUCGCUCGCCCUCUACGGUCUCGUGCUGUUCUACUUCGCAACGAAAGACCUGUUGAAGCCGUUUGAUCCAGUGUGGAAAUUCUUCACGGUCAAAUCGGUGAUUUUCUUGUCCUUUUGGCAGGGCGUCCUUUUGGCCAUUAUGGAGAAAUACGGCUUCAUCAAAGACACGCCGUCGAUUUUUGGCGGUCAUGGCAGUAACGACACAAUGCAUAGCGCGGUUUCGGCCGGCACGGUAUCGGCAGCCUACCAGAAUUUCCUUAUUUGUGUGGAGAUGUUUUUCGCUGCAAUCGCUCUGCGUUACGCGUUCCCUGUCCGAGUCUAUGCUCACGGGAGUGGUAUGCAGACCGGACGCACAGUUACAAUGCAGUCGAUCUCGUCGAGUCUUAAGGAGACAAUGAACCCGAAGGACAUCAUGAACGACGCUAUUCAUAACUUCCAUCCGCAGUACCAGCAGUACACACAAUAUACUGCCCCACAGGGCGGUCAUGGACAUCAUCCACAGCAAGUUAUCUCACCUCAACAACCGCCCGCGGCACUACCUGCAACAGGCAAUGAGGCUUUAGGUGGAGCGAGUUCAGGGACAGGUUCAGGUCUUGGUGCAGUCUCUGGAGGCUCCGUUUCAGGUGUAAACGCUGGAGGCGCAGCAGGCGGCAGUGGAGGAGUAGCCUCAAUAAUCCGUUCAGGUAUCAACCGCAUGGUUGGCCAAAACCCACCGGGACAUACUGAAAAGACGACGCUGCUCAGCUCAGAUGACGAGUUCCACUGCCGCUCGGUGAUGCAUCGAAGUUUGCGCCUUGCAUCUGCCAUGAGUAAUUAACUCUUCGCACACCUUCAAUAACCACAGGUGAUAGUGCGCACGUAAUGAUCAGGGUACCACAGCCGUGACGUUUUAAUCUCAACAACAAUAGCAGAUUUCUUUUAAUGGCAUUCAUCAGAUGCGAACUUGUGCUAAAAGGAAAGUAUUCCUAUGACCUCUAUACUACGUACCCUUUUUCUCUAUGUUCCUGUAAACAGACAAAACAUGUGAUGCACUCUAAAGCAAAUGUCGGCCGUACUGUGAAGAAAUGGCCUUUUUUUUAAUUGCUUCUAUUGGGCUGAUCACUGAUGUAAUUCACAUUUUUUUUUUUUUUUACUAGAAACUGUGCUACAACGUGUGAUUAGAAUACACGUAAGCCAAAGCUAAAACUGUACUACACAUUGAGCAGCUAAUCAACAGAUUACUGGUACAGAUUAACUAUUUUACACUUGUUGUCAUUUUACAAUGAACGCAUUUAUCAGUUAACAGAAGUACCUGGAACAGUAAUGGAACAUUUUUUUGACCAGAAAACUUUAAACAUCCUGAACAUCCUCUCGGUGCUCUUUAAUGAAGUUCGUUUUCGAGACGUUUGGCCAUUUUUGUUGUUAUUGCGGAAACGAGAAAUGCGAAACGGUUUCUUGUAGUACCCCUAUAUCCGAGCAUCAUAUAUACUCCUCUUCAUUAAGGUAGCCUGCAUAUGACUAUUCCCUAACUCUAUAACUACCGAGCGAAUGGUGUAUUACGCCAUCAGACAAGAGCUCUAUUAAAACGAGCCGAUUGCUGCUGAUGUGUGUACGGAAAGCAGAACUGAUAACUCGCUUUUAAUGAAACCUCAUUUGACUAGGUAGGCAAACACCAACGUAUGUUAUGUAUCACGAAUGCAACCCUCGGCCUGCGCGACAGCCAGCUAGCUUUCCAUACGCACCAACGUAACAGAUCAAUAGCAAUUAAUCAAAAAAGCGUAUUUUUCUCUUAUGAUUGAGCGUCAACUUUUGUGACGGCGAUCUAAAUGUCAUUUUUCAUAAUAUAUUGACUUUUACUAAAGCGAAAUACUUUUGUUAUUCAGAAAAAAAAGUGACUGUUACGAGCGAUUAUCAACUCUAAUAUCUAUCUGUUUUGUCAUAUUUAUCAGUCAACCCUGUUACACUGAAGUGGUCAGUAUCAUGAUAGUUAUAAUCAAUGGAAUUAACGAUAUGAUGACAGCUUAUUCAGAAAUAUUUGAUCUUAACAAAACUGUUUCUAUUUCUUUGUCUAUUCUCGGUACGGCCUCAGCUUGCUUCUGCCAUUUAUUAGGAUAUCAUUACAAUAACACUGACAAAAAUCAAAGACACACUAUUUAGUAUAAACAGAAUCUAAUAGCUGACAAACAGUGUCUCCAACGAAACAUUCACCAGUGAGAGCGUACUUACUCUGAAGUAGUAAUUUUUCUUGCGGUGAGGCACAGGGGAUGCUGACUUUCGGUGGUUAUUUAUAAUUUUAAAAAGAUCUUUAGUUAACUCCCUGCUCUCGUACAUAUACACAACUUUGUUGUCAUAUUGUUGGCUUGCACUUUGCAAAGCUGGGGCUCGAGUAACGAUCAGAAAACAUACGAUCUUCGUUUUUGUAAUACAUUUCAUUCGAAUAACGUAUUCACACAAUAAUAUCUAUCAUCCAGUUUUGUAGAUGUUUCUACUUCACGUUUUUUCAAAGAUUGUUCCUUUAAAAAAAUUUUUUUUCAUGGUUCCUAUUUAGUAACUCUUUCUGUCUGAGAUGUGCAAUGUUGUCGGUGCCACCGGCUGUCGUAUAAUAGUAAAAUAACUGAAUAGGUGCAACCAGAUAAUCCCGAAAUGCUGAACGUUGUAUCCGUAAUGUUAUCUAGCCAAAGCCCACUUAAAGGACUAUGCUGAGGUAAUCCUGCUCUGCUGAGUCUAUACGCGCGCAGCGAACGUCUCUAAAUAACGACUAUCAAACAAUGAUUGAUCCCUCCAUUCUCAAACAACCAUACAGCACUAUCCAAUGUGUUCGUGGGUGCGCUACUAGGAAAGUUAUAAUCUAAAUACACAGUUGAAUGACCUCAGCACUGUUAAUCGAUAGGCUAUAAUUUCAGAAAGACCUUACGCUUGAUACGAUCCUUGCAAGAAAAGCCUUUUUUUUCAGACUAUUUUAUUCCGCUUUGCGUGUGUGAAUGAUCAUCGCCUGCAUGUGUAAACGGGUGUCUACAUGAAGUAUGGGCGAAGCAUGCCUCGUAGCCCUACAGCCGUCGAUUUUAACUAUCACUUACAGUUGGUUACAGAGCAAUCCGAUCAAUUAUAGACGCAUCAAAACAUUCGUGGCUUUUCGUAUCAACAGUGACUGCAUCUUGUACUAUCUAUGUGUCAAUAGUAAACGCACGCGUUUACUUCGCGCCCGUGCAAGAACCUCUAAAUCUGAAUACAAUACAAUCGCAAAGACAGCAGCUGAACUCGAUCUAAAUAGAUUAGAAAGAGACAGUGCCUACAACUACGAAGUUUUACAACCCCCUAAAUUCAGGUCGGAUGAUGAGUGGGUUUCGCUCAGGAGAUAGCAUCUAAUACUGGCCAAGGACCAGAAAGGCGGCUUGCAGGUCGACCGAACGGGGUUAGACGACCCGUCGCAAUCUUAAAAACGUGAGACGGGUUUGGAGCUGCAUCACUUCGAUCUCUUACACCGCCAGCCAACUGCCUCUCAGCUUUCACAUUCAUCGUUGCACAACUCACCUGCUUCCUAUCGCACUUGGUGGUGGGUUUUACAAACUAUGCACGCUUCAAUCAAACCAAAACGACUUGAAACUGCUCGAUAAAUAGGCUCCCGCUUACCUCUACCCUAACACAUUAAUCGAUCAAUAGUUCUUGCUACUUUUAAUGUGUGACACAAUAUUAACACUACAGAUAAUUGGCUGAUCUACUACUUCAGUGUCUAACAUUGACUCUUGGCAAUUAACGAUAAUCCCGUUGAUACUCAAGCCAGUGUUUCAAGGUUGCGAUUAAUUUGACUCUAUAAAUAUUUCUAUCGAUGUUUACGUGCCUAAGCACGCGGCCGAUCUGACCGCUUUUUCAUCAUACACAAAUACAGGAAGAGAUUUCCCUUAAAUUUAUUAAAAAUACACUCCUGUAACUUAAAGAAGGCUGUGGAUCCUAAAAAAUAGCAUGAAGUCGCAAAAGGUUAAAUAGAGAAAUUUAAAUUGAAGAUUUUGAUGUAAAUUGAAAUUUACCAGGUUUUUUUAUGACUAUAAUAACUCUUUCUGGUUUCGCCAGUUGACUUUAAAUUAGUCAAUAUUAUUUCGAACUCGAGUUGCAUAGACGUUUGUAAAAGAAAAACAUGGCGUUGAAAAAUUGGGAUGACCUAGUUUGAUUAGAUAUUUCUAGAAGAUGUCCGGAAAGUAUUUGACUUCAAGGGAGAUACUGGUUGACGUUCAUCCUUGAUUGGUUGUAGCAUCUGACGUGGAAAACGGAUCGGUGCGGCGGACUGUUUUCGGAGGAGUCCGCCGAACUGCUCAGUGAAAAGGAUCUCUGAAGGCCCUGACAAUUUGGUCCCGGGCGUUCUUCUUCUGCGAGAAGCAUAGACAAACACUUGUGUGUGUGUUUCAAGCUAUAAGAAAAAACUAGAGUGGUAAGCCCGUGUGUCAUGUGUGCAUCACUUCGCCGGCUUCCUGCAGUUCUCAAACUCAAAGCCUUUACUGAGAUGAAGAUAAGGUUUUCGGCGACCGGCGAAUGCACCGUAAUUGAGAUAUAUCAAAUUCCCUAUUAAUUCGAUAGAUUACGCUUCAAACAAAUGGAUAAAAAAUUGUUUUGGGUUUUUGGGCUGAGCCUCUCAUCUUUUGAGACAACACUAGUGAGAGUUAAUACUGAUGUUCACACGUUUAUGGUUCCCGAAUAAAGUACAUGAAAACGAAACCAGAAAGACAAAACCUAUGUAAGCAAGAUCCAUCGCUGAAAAACGAAAAGGGAAAUGUCGUGCACUGAAUCCCUUGAAAGGAGCAAGCACAGGCACGGCAAGGUAGCUGUGCCGUGUUUAAAACGUCCGUUAACAAUUCAGCACUUUUGCUUAAGUUCGUUUCGCUUAAAAGCGAAAUUUAGAUUGUUUGAUAUGUUCAGUAAGUAAAUAUACUGUAGUAUCAACGAGACCUACGUAGAAAGUGACUUUGCGGUAACGGGCAGGUGCUAUGUUUUUUUAUUUUGGCGGUAACUCAAUGUUAACAUUAUACUGCCGCAGUGGCAGAUUGCUGUUUUUAGCAGAGUGAGAGCGUUGACGCUACAAAAAGAGAAGUAAAGAGAGAUACGAUGCAAAGUCGGACAUUGGAUCGAUGUAUGAUAGUGCACGUUCGUUGGCUCCAUUUAACGUAGAUUUCUCAUUGAACGAGUUUUUCUCGUAAAAUAGCUUUUAGUCUCUACUCAUUUCCAUUUUAAUCCCAGUUUUAUCCUACUUGCGACCGGAUCGUGGUUCCCCAUAAAUAGAUGUUUACGUUUUGGUUGAUGAUCCUUUUACUUUCGUUAGGUUUUGCACGCACAGUAGUUUUAUUAAUAGAUUUAUUGUAGUAUUGACCAUCUUAUUAGAUUAUUUCUUUUACCUGAACUUUACGAACGAGUUUCUUUUUUGCACUUAGUUCUAUUUUAAUUCUUCAAUUGAUCUUCAUUCAUUCAUCUAACAUGUAAUUCUGAAGCGCUAUUGAUGUGUUUUGUUAAACUAUAUUACAGUACUAAAUUAGAUUAGAAAAUAUUUUACGCAUGUUUUUACCAUGUUGCAUUCGUUGCUCAGUCAAGCUGUUAAGUAUGUUUCACUCAUCGACCACGUUACCUGUGCGUUAGGUGUUCGGCAGAAAAUGUGCAUGAACCUGAGAGAUACUAAUGGCGCCACCUGCCUAUUGAUGGCGGCAGCAACAACAACAAGAAUAGCUACAACGACGACGAUGAUGAUGAUUCUGAUGCUGAUAAGGCGGCGGCUGGUGACAUUUGUAGCCUCUCGUCUAGACGAAUUAUUCGCCCCAUGCUGUUCUUCAUCAAAAGCCUAUCCGUCGAACCAGCGCCUUGACUCACUGUCGCGGACAGGUCACACAUUUUCAAUGGGGCUUUGAAUGGAGGUAGUCGACUUGUAUCGAAUACCUACGCCUGUGCAAAAGUAACAGCGAAACCUCAAUCAACGUAGUCACCAUAAAAACAUUGAUUAUAUUUGGUUUUGACACUGCGUGUCAACCAACAGUACAGUGGUGUACCUACAUAGAUAUAUACGUUAUACAAAGGGAUCGACAUAUGAUUCAUUGGGUAAGUGAGGCAAGUCUCUGUCUGCAAGUACACGAAUGUAUCUGUUUUUGUCUGUUCCGGCAUUUGUGUGAAUGUGAAUAUUGGCUUGCAUAAACGGCACUCAUAAACGACCUCGUCCUUGUCAAUAGAAUGGAUGGAAUAAACGAAUUGUGACUGAAUGGUCAGGAGCGAUAGAGAGAUCCGUACAGGAUGAACCUUUUCUGCCUAUUCUCCCCUUAUUUAAUGCCCUCUGUCGGCUAGAUGCUCAAAUCCAAGAUCGAAAGCCGUUGUAUUCUUACAGUUCGCAGGAAAAGGGGUUUGUUGCACCCGAAAGACAGUGUAUUCUCAAUCUGCUUAUACUCACCAUGUACCGACCACGCUGAUGUUGUAUAGAGCUAAUACAAGGAGGACACACGGAAGUUUCUAUCAGUACUGCUGAAAUAAGUAACAGUAAAAUUUGAGGUAAACAUGACGAUGUUCUUAUAGUGAUUCUUUAUCACCAUUAACAUAGUACCUUACAGUGAACGACGCUGUCAGGGUGUCUCUUUUUGUGAGUUUUAUUUAACACCAAUAACUAUAUAUAUAUAUAUAUAUAUGUACGCACCCAAAUUAUAAUGCAAAUUUCCCCCUCGCCUUCUUUUGGUUUUAUGAUAUCAACUUGAUUGAUUGAGUACUGAUAUUAAAUGAUGAAAAAUAUAAGACAAUAACUGCAAGGCUUCCUUUAAAAGUACUGGUGUUCAGUUGCAGCUUUUUCUUCCUUGUUUUUUUUACUGUGUUAGGAAUCAGAAACGACAGAACUACUUUUCCAAAACCCGCAUGCUCCUUAAAGGAAUAGUUGCACUGAGAAUGACCGGGAGCUAUUCGUGUUAAUAUGACUAUUGAUGCAGUACGUAUUCGUAUUAUCAACUGUGACGUGGUAAGCCAAGUUCUGUCUCUAUUCUUCUCUAAACUAUUGUGGUCCUUCUGACCUCCCAGACACCCACGCGGUACCUAUUUACUCUACUAAAAGACAGAAAUCACAUUGUUUUCGUAAUGUUUAGAUGGCACGUAUUAUAAUAAUUGGCGUCACUAAUAUGUGGUCAUUAAUUAGGAUAUUAUUUAAUCAUGUUUCUUUAAAAGCUCUUGAAAAUGCUGGAAAGGUUAUAAUUCGUAAGAAUACUUCGUUCAUGUGGCAGAAUGUGAGUAGUGUCAAAGGAGUCUGAAUAUGCUGAAAACUCAUUUCUUUUAGUGCAAUGUAAUGAAGGGUACGUAAGUAAUGUAGUGGAAUGAAGUACGGGUUGGUCGUCAGUGGGUGGGGAGACGCCGAUGUAUAUAUAUAUAUAUAUAUAUAUAUAUAUAAAGAAAAGGUUCCCGCCUAUUUUCAAUAAUUAUCAAUUCUCUAGGCCUAAGAACGCCGUCACAUCGUAGGUAUGCUUCAUAUAUAAAGAAAGAAUAUCACUUUUCGAAAGUUACUUGAGCGAGUUAUAUAUAUAUAUAUAUAUAUAUAUAUAUAUUUCUUUUCGGUGUUAAGAUCAGUGUUGGACAAAACUACUGUGCAGAAUAAAUGUAUUACUAUUUUAUUGGUAGCCAGCAUUGACUUAUGUCCCUCUACCUUUCCUCUUCCUGAAUGUUAUUAUAUAUAAAUGCCAAUUUUAUAAACGGAAUGUUAUAGAUGAUCCUAACCCCGAAAUAGGACAUUUGGCGAUUAUUAUUACAGAUAAUAUAAAGCGUGCUACCUGGA